AUGGACAAGAGCAAGCGACCGACGUACCUGAAUGCGAACCAGGUGGCGGCGCAGAUCGCCGCUCCGGGCAACUUCAACGACGACCCCUUUUCCAUUGAGCUGGAGCGGCGUGACCAGCUGCCGGGCGACAAUGCCACCGCCACUGAUGACAAAAGCUCCCGGGCCGCCGCCUUCAUGGCGGCUGUCCUCGAGGAGAAGGAGGCCCUGCUGAAGGAGGCGGAAUUUGUGCGCAAGCUGAUGCGCCUCGAUGAGCUUACCGUCGGCAAGGACGACGACGACGAGGAGGUGGUCCCCAAAAAGAAAGCUUCUAAACCGAAGAAGAAGGCUGCACCGCUCAAGUUGAACAAGCCUCGGCGGAAGAUGAUCAUCAGCGAUGAUGAGGACGAGGACGACGACGAUAUGGUCGGCGGCGGCGGAGCUGCUAAAAAGACCACCGCAACUGCCGCCGGUGACGACGACGACGGCAAAGAUCUUGAGCUGGACGCUGAGAAGGCCGCCGAAGAUGAGGACACCGACGAGGAGAAGCCGCUGGAUGAGGAGGAGGAUUUUGAAGAGGACAACGAUUACAUGAAUACCCACUUUGAUAACGGCGAGGGCUACGACGACUAG